AAGAAGAUGCAGAACGUCACUAUUGUCUUCUUUAAGGUUUGACUUCAAUAAUUUUCCUCUUUUUCCUCAUUUUCUUCCUCUUCUUUUUCUUCACCACAUUAAGAGGAAUUUAAACACUCUUGGUCUUCUACCUCUUGGAUAACGAACCCUCUUCUUUUUUUUUACUUUCCUCUUUUUUUUCUUCUUUUUCUUUCCCUUUCCUCUUUUUUUGUUUUAUUUCCUCUCUUCUUUUCUUUCCCUCUUUUCUCUUUUAAAUUUUCUUCCUCUUACUUUCAUUAUUUAUUUUUCCUCUUUUUUUCUUUUCUAUUUUCCUUCUUUCUAAUUCUUUCCUCUUUUCCUUCUUUUUAACUCUUUCCUCUUCUCUUUUCCUGAUAUUUUCCUUCUUUUCAAUCCUUUCCUCUUUUCCUCUUUCAUUUCCUUCCUUUCUUUCUCUUCUUAAAAUCUUCAUGCUUGCUACUUCUUCCUCCUUCUCUUCUCCUCUUCCUCCUUCGUCUCCUUCUCCUCUUUAUCUCCUUUCGUUCCUCCUCUUUCUCUCCUCUUCUUAAUAUUCUCCCUCUCUCUCUCUCCCUUCUUCCUCCUCUCUUUAUUUUCACUUCUUCCUUCAUUUUUCUCUCUUUCUUCUUUAUCUGUCUUUCGUGUUUCCAAUAUCUAACCCUUCCUCCUCCUCCUCCUCCUCCUCCUCUUCCUCCUCUUCCUCCUCCUCCUCCUCUUCCUCCUCCUCCUCCUCUUCCUUAUUCCCUUCCUUUACAUAUUCAUUUAUUCCUCUCUCUCUCUUUCGUCCCCUCUUCAUCUCUCUCCUUUAUCCCUUUGUUCUAUUCCCUUUCUCUCUCUCCCUCUCUCUCUCUCUCUCUCUCUCUCUCUCUCUCUUGAUCUGUCCUCAAUCAUCGUUUCUAUUUUUUUUUCUCCUCCAUCUCUCCCUUACUCUUUCCUCCUCCUCCUCCUCCUCCUCCUCCUCCUCCUCCUCCCUUCAGUCAUAACACCUUUCCCCUUUAUUUUUCCUCCCCUUCCUACCCCUCUUCUCUCCCCCCUCCUCCCCUUUCAAUCAUUUCCUCUCUUUAUUUUUCUCUCUCCCUCCCUCUCCCUCUCUUUCUUUCUUUCCCCUUCUCUUUUUUUUUCUCUCACUUCCGUUCUCUUCUUAUUUUAUUUCCCUUUUAUCAGUUUAUCGUUUCUGCAUUUUUCUUUCUUUCUUCUUCCUUUCUUUCUUUCUCCUGACACUCCCUUUCUUCCCUUCUCUGUCCUCCUUCCUUAUCAUUUUAUCGUUAUUUCUAUUUUUUCUCUCUCUCCUUCCUUUCUUUCUUCCUCUUUCCUCCUCCUUCCUUUUUUCCUUAUCAAUUUAUCGUUUUUUUCUCUCUCCUUCCUUUCCUUCUUUCCCUCAGCAUUUCCUCUUUUUUCCUUUCUCUUUCCUUCCUCUUUGUGCUUUCCCUUUCCCUUCCUUUCCUUUCUUUCUCCUUCUCUCUCAAAACGUGGAAGGAAACAUUUUUGAGAAUUCUUGAGUGGCAAAAAAAAAAAAAACAAGAAAUAAUCAGAAAAAAAAACAAUAACAGGAAGAAGCUCAACAUGUGAAAAGAAAAGAAAAAAAAACAAGGCAGAAAGAAAGAAAAUAAUAACAGGUUAACAAGAAAAAAAAACAAGUGGAAAAGAAAGAGAAAAAUCGAACGAACUGACCUGCUGUGAAAAAUUCGAGGUCGGGAAAAGAAAAAGAAAAGAAAGAAAAGAAAAUAAUAACAGGCUGAAGUCAACAAGAAAAAAAAAACAAGUGGAAAAGAAAGAAAAAUUGAACUAAUUGACCUGCUGUGAAAAAUUCGAGGUCAGGAAAAUAAAAAGAAAAGAAAGAAAAGAAAAGAAUAACAGGCACAAGUUAACAAGAAAAAAAACAAGUGGAAAAGAAAGAAAAAUCGAUCUAAUUGACCUGCUGUGAAAAAUUCGAGGUUAGGAAAAGAAAAGGAAAAGAAAGAAGAGAAAGUGGAAGAAAAAACUGAUCAUGUGAAAGUUUGAGUGCAGGAAAAAGUGAGAAAGUGGAAUGAUGAUUAAGUGGCAACAAAAAGUAUGCAAGUGGAAAAGAAAGAAAAAUCAAACUAAUUGACCUGCUGUAAAAAGUUAAGGUUAGAAAAAAAGAAAAGAAAGAAAAGAAAGUGGGAGAAAAACAAAAAUUCCCUGUUCAUGUGAAAGUUUGAGUGCUGCAAAAGUGAGAAAGUGGAAUGAUGAUUAAGUGGAGGAACAAAAAAUAAAACUUGAGCUCAGUGUGGAAAGUUAAGAGCUGAAAAAAUAAACAAAUUAAAAUAGUUUGUCAGGAAAAAUGAAAGAAGGUGAACAGAAGUAAAAAUGCAAACGUGAAAAAGUGCAAAGUGAAAAGACAAAAAAAAGGAUAAGUGGGAAAGUGAACGCCGUGAAAGUGACAAGUAACAAACCGAGCCAAAAAAAUAUCUAUGAGUGAAAAAUAACGAUACUAAAAAUAAGUGAAAAAAUGAAAACGCUAAGAGGCAGAAGAGGUUAAAAAUAUUUAAAAAAAAAGUUUGUAAUAGAUUAAAGAAUAUAAGAAAAAAGUUUAUAAAAGGUUAAAGAAUAUAGGAAAAAGUUUAUAAAAAAGUGAAAAGAUAGAAAGAGGAAGAAAUUUAAAAAGAGUUACAUGAGAGGUGAAAAGUGAAAGUUUAAAAAGUGAGAAAAAUAUAAGGAAAAAGUUUAUAAAAAGUGAAAAGACAGAAAGAGGAAGAAAUUUAAAAAGUUACGUAAGAGGUGAAAAGUGAAAGUUUAAGAGGUGAGAAAAAGAAAGUGAAAGAAAUUUAAGAAAGUCAGAAAAGGUCGAUUUAGAAAGUGAGAGAUAUUGAAAAAGGUUUGAAAGUUAAAGAAAAUAUAAAAAAAUGUCAGAAAAUGAGAAAAAAAUAAAAUAAGCCAAAACACACAAAAAACAACUCGGAAAGUGAACGAAAGUAAAAAAAAGUGAAAGAAAUCAAAAUCAAAGAAAGUGAACGAAGCUAAAAAAAAAAGUGAAAGAAAUAAAAAUCAAAGAAAGUGAACGAAGCUAAAAAAAAAAGUGAAAGAAAUAAAAAUCAAAGAAAGUGAACGAAGCUAAAAAACCAAACAAACAAACAAACAAACAAACAUGGCAAUAGACCGUGACCGUGGUUCUUUACGUGGUGGGUCCUUACGGUCAACCCACUACCCCCACCCCCACGGCUACCCCCCUCCCCACCCCCACCACGCCCACCCCCACCACUACGUCAAGCCGUUCGGGGAGAAGGUGAAGGACUGCUGUCGCUCCACUAUCGCCUUCAUCUUCAGCAACGUGGGUGUGUGUGGGUUGAUGGUGGGCUAUACGAUCAUGGGCGCCUACCUCUUCCACCGGAUUGAGGGUAAACCGAUGGAGAUAGGCACGGAGGUGGUGUUGGACGCUGAGUACCUCCGUAACAAGACGAUAGAGCGACUGUGGAACGUGACGGAAUCGCUGAAUGUCCUGGACGAGUCGGCGUGGCGCAGUGGCGUGUCGGAGAUUGUCGAGACGUACCAGCAGCAGGUCGUGGGCUUGGUCGGCGACGGGUGGACGGGGGAAAACACGACCAUCCCCGAUAAGUGGAGUAUUGAGGGGGGGUUCCUGUACUCCCUAACGGUCAUCACAACGAUAGGGUACGGGCACAUCUCCCCGGAGACGCAGAUGGGCAAGGUGAUGACCAUCGUGUACACCAUGUUCGGCAUGCCGGUGUUCCUCCUCUACAUGGCCAACAUGGGCGACAUCCUGGCCAAGAGCCUCAAGUGGACCUACUCCAAGGUGUGCAUCUGCCGCCGCCCCGCCCCGCGCUGCGACCCGUCCGUGGCCUGGCGCAGCGCGGAGGCCACACUCAGGGCGCCCGUGGGACCGGCCGGGGGACAGGGGGGGUAUCCUGGCGAGGACGUGACCUCUAUAGACACGGCCAGUUGGAGUGGUGGUGAAGGUGAUGGCGGCGGGAACGAAGAACGCCAGGAUGCGAGUAACGUCAACAUCCCCAUCACGGUGUCGCUGGUCAUCAUGGUGGCGCUGCUGUACGGCGGCACGCUGCUCUUUGAGAAGUACGAGGAGUGGGACUCCCUCACCGCCUUCUACUUCUGCUUUAUCUCCCUCACCACCAUCGGCUUCGGGGACUACGUGCCGGGGCUGUCCUACACGCCCGACGACGACGGCACCAAGGACACCAGCUUCAUCUACUGCUCCAUCUACCUUAUGUUCGGCCUGGCGCUGCUGUCCAUGUGCUUCAAUCUGAUGCAGGAGGAGGUGGUGCACAAGAUCACCGCGUGUCUCAACGCCGUCAGGUUCUUCAAGAGGCGGGACGCGGACUGACAACAACACCAACAGCAUCAUCAACACUAACACAAGCACAAGUACCAACACCAUCAAUACCAACACCAAUACCAACACCAAUACUAAUACCAAUACUAACACCAAUACCAACACCAACACCAAUACCAAUACCAACACCAUCAAUACCAACACCAAUACCAACACCAAUACCAAUACCAAUACCAACACCAUCAAUACCAACACCAAUACCAACACCAAUACCAACACCAAUACCAACUCCAACACCAAUACCAACACCAAUACCAAUACUAAUACCAAAACCAAUACCAACACCAAUACUAAAACCAACACCAAUACCAACACUAAUACCAAAACCAAUACCAACACCAAUACUAAUACCAACACCAAUACCAACACCAAUA